AUGUCGUCGUACUACGGCAGUCAACGCCGCCCGAGCCAUUACAGCUCAUCCUCUUCAAGACACCCCGACCCGGCUACGGCCCACCACCCGGCUACCAGCCUGGCUCUAGCUAUGAGCCAAGCUCGAGCUGUGAUCCAAGCUACGACUCUCGUGGGCGAUCACCACCGCGCCGUGAGAGCUCGACUAGACGUCGAGAUCCGCGAGCCUCUCUCCGGCUACGAAGGUUCGUCGUACAACGACGUACAGGCUGGAGGCGGAGUCCCCUUAAUCUAUUCUCGAGACCCGUACGACCGUCGGGCACCACUUCCUCGCGGAUACUCUGAGCGUCAAGAGCCACCUCGGCCAGACCCAGUAUCCUCUCGCUCUUCGCGCCGCCCAUCGGGCCCUUAUGGGGUCGACAUUUCGUCGAUGGGCGGAGGCUACGAUGUCUCCGGCAUCUACUCAGGUCCAUCUUCCCGGCGUCCAUCAGAUGGCCCAGACUUCUCUCGGGGACCUGGCUUCGCAGAUGGGUACGAUCCAGGCAUGGAGGGCAUUGCUCCUCGCGAGCAACGCCGCCAGUUUCCUCCACCAUCCAUGGGCAACUUUUAUGGUAGUGGAACAUCUGGCUCACUCGGCGGCUCACGCCGCCGCCCAUCUCGUGGCUACUACUAG